GAGAGAGGAGAGGACGUCUGCCAUAUUAAAAUUAAAAUUAAGUAACUCUCUCUCUUGGUCUCUCUUUUUUUCACUUUUUUUGUCCUUUUCACUCAAAACCAGCAAUCAUGGGUCGUAUGCACGCUCCAGGUAAGGGUAUUUCCCAAUCGGCAUUACCAUACAAACGAUCAGUUCCAUCAUGGUUGAAACUCAGCCCUGAGGACUGUAAAGAUCUUAUCUUCAAGCUUGCAAAAAAAGGACACACUCCUUCACAAAUUGGUGUUAUUCUUCGUGAUAGCCAUGGUGUUGCUCAAACUCGUCAUCGUACUGGUAACAAAAUUUUGAGAAUUGUCAAAGCCAUGGGUUUGGCACCUGAUCUACCAGAAGAUGUAUAUUGUCUUAUCAAAAAAGCUGUUGCAAUUCGUAAGCAUUUGGAACGUAAUCGUAAAGACAAAGACUCAAAAUUCCGUUUGAUUCUUGUUGAAUCAAGAAUUCAUCGUCUUUCAAGAUAUUACAAAUCAAAAGGUACACUUGCACCAACAUGGAAGUACGAAAGUUCAACAGCCAGUGCUCUUGUUGCUUAAAUUAUUGAAUUAUUGACAAUAUAAAAUAUAAAUAAAAAAACAAUUAAAAUUCAAA